AUGUAUAAAUGGUUUGAGAGGAUUGAAGCGGUGAUUGAAAGGAGUCAUUGUACUUAUGAUGACCGAAUUUAUUAUGCCUCCGGUAUGUUCAAGGAGGAUGCUUUAAGUUGGUGGAACCAAGAGAAGGCCUUGGGUCGGGCCCACAAUUUGGAAUGGGCCGACUUCAAGAACAAAGUGAAAGAGAAGUUUUGCCCACCUUAUGAGCUCCAAAACUUGACCAUCGAGUUUGUCCAUCUCAAAAUGGAUGGGGCCGACUACAAGGGCUAUGUUAGACGAUUCCAAGAGUUGUCUACCCUUGUUCCUCACCUAGUGAGCACCGAGUCUCGGGCCAUUGAGAAGUUUGUUUUGGGUUUGACUCCACAAGUCCGUUCUCUCAUCAACCCGGUCAUGCCUACUUCCAUGGUCGAGGCUAUUAACCGUGCCGGUAGUGUUACCGAAGACUUGUUAAGAAGUGGAGUUUUGAGUAAAUCAUCAUCGUCAUCAUCAAAAAGAAAGGAGGUUGGGGAAACAAGUGGUCCAAGGAAGAUGGGGAGGUUUGACUCCAAGAAUGCUAAUCGGGGUAGGGUGAUGGCAGCGGUGGAGCCGGUGAAGAAGCCUUAUGUGGGGCCCCACCCACAUUGUGGAGAUGCAAUAGACACCACCCCGCCAAUGUUCAAUGUGGGGCAUGCUUUAAUUGUAACCGUUUGGGGCAUAUGGCGAAAGAAUGUAGGGCACCAAGGGUGGGUACGGGUCCGCUCAAUGUAG